AUGGCCGCGCCGCCGCCUCCGCCUCCGCCCGCGCGAGGAGGCUUGUCGCUCUACGCAAACCUCCUUGACCCAGUCGCCGACCCCUCGGCCACGAUCUCGAGCGCUCCCGUCCGCUACAACCAAGACGGCACGGUCGCCGACCCGAAGGAUGGGACAGCUGUGAAAAAGCCCAUAGACCCAUCCCUCCGCUUCCAGCCCAUACGCAGACCACAAGCAAAGACAGCGAAACCAAAGCCAAACUUCCCCAAGACGAUACCAAGCGCGAACACGUUAGCCGCGGCCACCUCCACAGCAGCUUCUUCCGCGCCAACAUCCUCGACGGCAGCCGCCCAACAACCACCGCCGCCAAAGAGCACCCUCGCCGACUGGGCCGUGACAGAGGAAGACGAGUGGCGCUACAGCGCCAACGCAGGCGCCGGUGCCGGAGGCGGAGGCCAUCAGCGCGGCGGCCGCAGAAAGAAGAAGAAGAAGGGAAACAACGACCAGCCCGCCGAGACCAACUGGGACGACAUCUACGACCCAACGAAGCCCACCAAUGUCGAGGAGUAUCUGCGCAGCGACGAGCGGAUCCACGAGGUGCAGGAGUGGAAGAGGCUGCUCUACCGCCACCGCAGACGCAAGAGUCUGAGCGAUGACAGCGACGAAGAGACGGAGCGCCGGCCGGCGAUGAAUCAGUUCGCCCCUCCAGCCGAAUACUCCUUCGUCCCCCCGCCUCCAACAUCACCACCCCCAGCCGAACCACGAGCCACGGAAGCAGCAAUCGGAGACGACGCAUAUGCCCGCCGUCAAGCUCUCUCCGCGUCCGCACCACCUCCUCCCCCUCCUCCCCCGGCAGUGACCGACGAAGCAACGAUAUCCCGUGCACCCGUCCGCUAUACUCCAUCCUCCACCAAGCAACCACCCGCAGACGAAGAAGAGCCCUCAGACCCAGACUCCCCACCACCAACCCUCGGCCUCGGCGCCAGCAGGGCACCACCACCACCACCGGCCGCAUCAGAAGAAGCUCAGGCCCCGCGAUCCUCCCGCCCAGGCCAAGCCGGCUUCGCCCAACGCCUCAUGAGCAAGUACGGCUGGACAAAGGGCUCCGGCCUGGGCGCAGACGAGUCCGGCAUCGUCAACCCGCUGCGCGUACAGGUCGAGAAGCGCAAGAAGAAGUCGGACGCCGAGGGCGGCGGGUGGGCUGAGCCGGGCAACCGCGCCAAAGUCAUUGGCGGGAAGCGCAAGGACGAGACCGAUGGCGGCAGCGGCGGCAAGUUUGGCGGGCCCAUGAGCGAGGUCAUUGUUCUGCAGCGCAUGCUGGAUAACAUGGAGGACCUGCAGGGCGAGAUCGCCAAUGGGCUGGGGCAGGAGAUUGGCGAGGAAUGCGGUGAAAAGUACGGCAGGGUCGAGCGAUUAUACAUCGACGUUGAAAAGAGGCAGGUCUUUAUCAGGUUUACCGACCAAGUCUCUGCCCUUCGUGCGGUCAAUGAGCUGGAUGGACGCGUAUUCAACGGCAAUGUUAUAGUGCCAAAGUUCUUCGAUACUGAGAAAUUCGAUAAAGGUAUCUACCAAUGA